AUGGCUGAUGUAGAAGGAGCUGUGGAAAAAGAAGAUACACCAAGGCAGACACUUGAAAAUGGAGAGGAAGAGCCUCAGAUCAAUUUAGAACUUGGCCAGUUGGAUUUAACCUCGCAAGACGAUUACUUUUUAGAUGAAGUGGAUGUGCAUAUUCAAGAAAAUCUAGAAGAUGAAUUAGUCCAAGAAGCACUUAAAACGCGAAUGGAACAGAUGCUAAGUAGCUUUCAGACUGACUUGCGUAGCAUUAGUACAGAAAUUCAGACCUUACAAGAGCAAUCUAUGUCUAUGAAUAUUAAAUUAAAGAAUCGACAGUCGGUUAGGAGUGAACUUAGCCAGUUCGUUGAUGAAAUGGUUGUUAGCGAUUAUCUUAUAAAACAUAUUUGUGAGACUUCUGUAGUCGAACGUGCUUUUAUCGAAAGUUUACACGAACUAGCACAUAAAAUUAAUUUCUUAAAGGAGCAAAUGUUUCGUGAUACAUUGGCUUGCGAAGAUGUUAAGGAUGUCAUCGAAAAACUGAGAGUGAAGGCCGUAAGUAAAUGUCGUGAUUAUUUGCUCGGCAAAAUUUAUCAGUUCCGUAAGCCUAUGGCAAACUAUCAAGUUCCACAGGAUACGCUAUUACGUUAUAGAUAUUUUAAUGAAUUUCUUAUGUCGAAUCAUCGUCAAGUUGCCACAGAAGUGCGGGAUGUUUACCUGGAAACUAUGAGCAAAAUCUAUUAUUGCUAUUUCCGUGGAUAUAUUACAAAAUUGUUAAAAUUGCCGAUAGUCCUUGACAAUGAAGUAACCCUGUUUUCAGUUAAAACGGUCGUAAAAAAUCGAUCAGCUAUAUUUUGUUUAGGACACCGAAUAUGCGUCUUGACAACUGAACUGAAUGAUCCAAUCAUUGUACCUCAUACUGCUGGUAAAGGAGAUAAAAAGCAUUCCUUAGAAAAUAUAUUUAGAAGUGUUCAAUUCGCUUUGGCGGAUAACUGUUGCCGUGAAUACCAAUUUGUAGUUGAUUUCUUUAAUGCAAGUGGCUCACGCGCACAAGAUUUAUUUACCAGCAUAUUAGGAAAAACACUUCACUUAUAUUUGAAAUAUACUGAUAUGUACUUAGAAGGAUGUUAUGAUGGAAUUGGUGUAUUAUUGUGCUUGCAUCUUGCAUAUCGCUACCAAGAAAUGAUGGAGAAGAAGAAUAUUCCAUGCCUUGAAAAGUACUGGAACUCUUUGCUUGCCAAUAUUUGGCCUAAAUUUGCACAUAUUAUGGAGCUUAAUAUACAAAGUAUUAGGGAUAUUGACCCACAGAAAGUCAACAAUAUCGAUAUUAGGCCUCAUUACGCUAUGAAAUUGAUGGGGCAAUUGCAAAUGGAAGUAGAAAACUUCAUUUUGAGAAUGGCUGCAGAAUUUCAGCAUCGAAAGGAACAGUUAAUAUUUUUAAUAAACAACUACGAUCAUAUGAUGACAGUAAAUCUAGAUCGGGUAAAUGACGAUGGAUCACAUCAUGAAAGUUUCCAACAAACUCUAAAUGCACGUAUUCAAGAAUUUGUUGAGGAGAUUCUACAACCUAACUUUGGAGGUAUGAUUAAUUUUGUUAAGGAAACUGAAAAUGCUAUUGAACAUGGUAAUAAAGUCCAUGUUGAUGAACGUCGUAUAAAAACUUUAAUCCAAUCAUUCAAUGCCGAAUGGAAGAAAGCCAUAGAUAAUAUAGAUCACGAUGUUAUGCAAUCAUUUACUAACUUUAAGAAUGGAACAUCAAUCUUACAGGCCGUUUUAACACAAUUAAUUCAAUAUUACCAUCGUUUUCAAAAGAUCCUUAAUCAGUCUCCGUUUAAAAAUUUAACCUGUCGCAAUGAAAUUAUUAAUAUACAUAAUGUAAUGGUUGAAAUUAAGAAACAUAAGACAUCUCUCUAA